ACGGCAUUAGUGAGGAAAGUGAUGAUGAACAUGGCAGGGUUACGGCUUAGGGCUGCUGCGGACCAGCUUGGGAUUUUUCUGACAUUUAGUUCCAGGCACGUCAGGAACCCUUUGUGUGCCUUUAGCGCUGCUGCUCAGCAGAGAAAUGCUGGUGACCAGACCACCAUUGAUGAGACUACUGUGGAUGAGAGGCAGUCAUAUGCCAUGAGGGCACUGGAGAGGAAAGCACUUAAGCUAGAAGAAGAAGUGAUACAAUUGAAAGAGCAGUACAGUAGAGCCUUGGCUGACUCUGCAAAUGUUCGGAAGAGAACACAAAAGUUCGUAGAGGACGCAAAACUAUUUGGGAUUCAGAGCUUCUGCCGUGACCUGGUGGAGGUCGCAGACCUGGUUGAGCAGGCGGUGGAGCAGGCAGCAGAGGAGGGGCUGAAGGAUAUGCGUGAUGUCCUUUCUCAGGUGGACACCAAGCUGCAGGGCGUCUUCACUAAACAUGGACUGCAGAAAAUGACCCCAAUCGGAAGUGACUAUGACCCUUAUGAUCAUGAAGUAGUUUGCCAUGUGCCUGCAGAGGGAAGAAAGCUUGGUAGCGUGGCUGCUAUAAGACUAGAUGGAUACAAAUUACAUGGCCGCACCAUUCGCCAUGCGCAUGUUGGCAUAGCGAUGGAGACACAAGAGUGA